AUGACUGAAAGAGGAUUAUGUUCAAUCAAUGUUAAAUUUGCGGCCAAGAAGAAUAAGGAAUUUGGAUUCUUUGAAAUGAUGAUUUCAAUAUUUGGGCAACCAUCCUGUAAAUUUAAAAGUGGUGACGAUACAUUUGGUGUAAUUCCAAUAGAAAAAGAAACUUUAAAUGAUUCUGAAAUAGAACCCGAAAAGAAAUUUGCCGAAUCAGUAAACCAAGAACUCAAAUUUUUAGAACAAUAUUCAAAUAAAGAAAAAUACCCACAUUUAAAUAUUAUUCAAUAUGUUGAAGAUUUUAUCACCAAAAAACCAAAUAAAGACUAUUACCAUUUAAAUAUCAUCACUGAAUUUUAUGAAAAUGGAGAUUUGUCAAAUUUCAAAGGAUUUUCUUUUUAUAAUAUUGUUUAUUUAUUGGUUAAGAUUCUAAUAAUUUUAGACCAGUUUAAAGACGAUGAGUUUGUUCAUAGAGAUAUUAAACCAGAAAAUAUAUUUUAUAGAACACUUAUUGGCCCCAAUAAAGUUACAGGAGAUCAGGAAUAUGAGUUUUAUUUAGGUGAUUUGGGAUCCUCAAGAAUUAUUUUGGAACUAACUCAAGAUGGCCGUUAUACUCAAGCAGGAACUAAUAAAUUUAUAGCACCUGAAGUAAUCGAGGGAUAUUAUAACUCCAAUGUAGAUGUUUACAGUUUAGGUGUUACUUUAUUAAAUCUUUAUGAAAAUACAUGUACACCUGAAUAUAAUUUAGUUUUUAUUGAAAUAUUUCAAAAAAUGGCCAAUGAAGACAAAAAAAAAAGACCACAACCAUCCCAAAUAUUAGAAUUCAUUUGUAAACACUUUGAAUUUUUAGGAUUAUCAUCUGGGGAUCUCAUUCAUAGAAAUCUAAAAGAAUCAUUAUAUUUUGUUAAUCAAAAAUACAAUUUUUUUAAAAAAAGUAUAAGUCCAAUAGAAAUCGCUUUUAAUUUUAACAAUCAAUCAUUAAAUUUUUAUAAUAAAACUAUCUUUUUAAAUAAAGAUAAUAAUAAUAAUAAUGAUAAUAAUAAUAACAAUAAUAUUUAUAAUAAUAAUAAUAACAAUGGUUUUGAUAUUACCAAAGAUUAUAAAUGUAUUAGUUGCCAUGCAAGAUAUACUAAAAAGGAAUAUUAUAUCAUAAUUGAUGGAAAGUAUUUUAGUUUGUUUUCUUUUAAAAACUGUUUACAUCCAGAUAUGAAAGAUUAUUUCGAUCUAAUGUUUUCUGAAGAAAUGUUUUCAUUUUAUUUUAUGGAAUGUUCAAAAGUUUUUCCAUUUAGUUUAGAACCAACUACAAUUACACUUAAGGAUGUCAGUGCAACUGAAGAUGGAAAGAAUUAUUAUUUAAUAGUUAACCCAACUGAAAACAAUUUAAAACAAAUAUCAAUUCAAAAUCCAAAUGCCAUAACAAAGAAAAUUCAACUAAUAUUAUUAUUUAAAUUAAUUUUAUUAUUUUUUCAAAUUUUCGAAAAAGGAGAUUUAAAAAUGUUGAAUUCAUAUUUUGAUAAUUUUAGUGGCUUACAAGUAUUUUUAACAAACAAAAAUGAACCAUCCAAAGAUGAAGAAAAUCAAGAACCAUUCAAUGAUGUUAAGUUUUCAAUACUCUCUACUAUUUUUAAUCUAACAGAGAAACUACCUAACUUCAUAGAAAAUGUCUUCAAAGUCUAUAAUAUAGAAACCAAAGAUCCAGUCAUUGAUAAGAUUUAUGACUAUUUUAGGACAACCUUCGAAAAGGCAGAAACACCAGUUUAUUUUCAUUAUAAAUAUAUUUAUCAAAUUUUAGAAAAUGAAAAAGAAAGAUUAAUUAAUGAAAAUAAAUACUUAAUGGAAUAUUAUGAUAAGUUAGAUACAAGCUAUAACAAUAUUUUAAAGAAAACUUCUAUUCCUGAAGCUUUUGUUAUUAUUAAACAAGUUAUACCAUUUCUUGCAAAAAUCCCAAAAAAUUUACCAAUUUUCAUAGUUUAUUUUGAAGGAGAGGUUUUUGGUGCAUUUUCAGGAAAAAAUUUUGGUGUAAAUCCUAUUUUUGUUGACUGUAUAAACUCUGUUUUAGAAAAAAUUCAAUUUGAACCUUUAUUAAAACCCUCAAAAAAAAUCAACUCUGAUCUUUUAUUAUACGAUUUACCAACCAAAUUAAAAGAAUGCAUUGAUCAAUAUUCAGAUUGGGAGAAAAAAAGAUCAAUGUUUACUGAUGAGGAAAAGAAUAAUUAUUUUAUGACACUAACCAAUAAACAUUUAAACAAUGUAAUCCAAUUAAAAUCAAAUAAAGACUAUCAAUUCAUAUAUGGUUUUGAAACGAUCAUUGUUGGUGAAGAAAUAUUUUAUAUUUUCGAUUAUUUAUCAAAAAGUCCAUUUAAUUUAAUUGGUUCAAUUUAUGAUAUUGCUUUAUACGUUUAUGGUCAAGAAGAUAGCUGUCAACAACUCUUAAAUUUAAAUUUCUUUAAACAUUUAAAUUACUUAUUUUGUUAUAGUGUAAAGGUUGUCAAAGGUCAUUCAAAAAUUGAAUAUUCCCCAUUAAAUGGUUUAUAUUAUUUAAACAGGUUAUCAACCAACAACAACAAUGAUGAUAAUAAUAAAGAUAACCUCACCAACUACUCAAAAAUUACGAUUGGCUCUAUUAAAUAUAAUAUUUUAGAAAUUUUAAAUUUAAACCAUCACAAAGAUAAUGAUUUACAUUAUGAUUAUAAAACAAUGAUUUUAUUAUUAGAAACUACCAAUACAAACGAAAAAAUUUAUUGUAUUCGAAAACAAAAGAAGGAUGUUUUGACUGAAGAUAUAAUAGAUGAAGUUAAAUUUGAAGAAAUUGAUAAUAAUAAGUUUAAAGAAUUUAAUGAUCAAAUCAUUGUUCCAUGCUAUAUUGUUCAAGAUAUUAAUACAUCGUAUUAUUUCUUUAAAUCUGAAUUAAAAAUCAAAUCAAUAGAAGACAUAAUUGAAAAAGAUUACAAUGAUAUCAGCAUAAUAAGAUCAUUAUUAUAUUAUUUCGAAUAUUUUUUAUCAAACCCAUCAAACUCAAGUCAAGUGAUUUUAAUUAAAUCAAAAUCAGUUUUAGAUCAACAAACAGAAGAUUUUUUAAUUUAUUUCGAUGUUUCAUAUUUUAUAAAAAGAGUCUAUGGUUUUUAUAUUGAAAGUAGUAAUUGGGAUAAAUAUAUUAGCACAAUUUAUUCAGGUAAAUCACUUUAUUCAAACUAUUUCAUGACCAAUAAAAAUAAAAUAUUAAAUGAUAAAACUAGUUUAGAAAUUAUUGAAAGAAAUAACGACAAAAUAGAUUAUAUUAUUGGUUAUGACAAAAUAUUUAAUAUUGAAGAAAUUAAAAAAAUUAAAGAAAAUGUUCAUUUAGUCAAAAUAAAUAAUAAGUUUUAUAUUCAAAAAAUUACGGGUUCAAUUAGAGAAACCAAAGAAAUGUAUUUAACAGGUGAAAAUUGGGAUUUUAUCCAACCAAUUUCUAAAUAUAAAAAUAAUUUUUUUAAUGUUAAAGAAAAAGAAAGUUUAUCAGAACAAUUCUCAAAUUUUGAAAUCGAUAUUUUAAAACAUUUAUUUAAUUCAGAGUUUUUAAUAUUAAACAUGAUAAAAGGGAUGGAAAGAGUUGUUCAAAUAUACGACUAUUAUUUAGAUGAUGGUUUAAUUUACAUUUUAAUAGAAAACUGUGAAAAUACAACCAAUCUCUCUGAAUUUAAAAUAAAAGAUCCAUCACAAAUUACUCAAAUAUUAAAACAAAUGGUUAAUAUUUUAGAAAAAUUAAAAGAACAUGAUAUUUAUCAUUGCGAUAUUAAAAAUGAAAAUAUUUUAAUUCAAGAGAAUAAUGGUGAAAUACAAUGUAUUUUAGCUGAUUUUGGUACUUCAGGAAUUGGUUCAGAGUUAAAGAAAGACGAAAAGAAAUAUUACUCAAGAAGUGGUAGCAGAAAUUACCAACCAAUUGAAAUUUAUAUCAAAAAAUACAGAAGCAAAAACCCAAUUGAAUCACUUGAAAAUAAAUAUGAUAUCUUUAGUUUAGGCUGUGUUAUCAAAUCCUUAUUUAAUGAUAACAAAUUAAAAGCAGGCGAAGAAAUUAAUACAAUUAUUGAAAAAAUGACCAAAUUAUAUUUUUCAAUCAACAACAAUGAUAAUAAUAAUAACAAUGAUAAUGAUAAUCUCACCAACUACUCAAAAAUAACGAUUGGUUCUAUUAAAUAUAAUAUUUUAGAAAUUUUAAUUUUAAACCUUCACAAAGACAAUGAUUUAUUUUUUGAUUAUAAAACAAUGAUUUUAUUGUUAGAAACUACCGAUACAAAUGAAAAAAUUUAUUGUAUUCGAAAACAAAAGAAGGGGUUUAAAAAAGUAGAUGAAGUAAAAUUUGAAGAAAUUGAUAAUAAUAAGUUUAAAGAAUUUAAUGAUCAAAUCAUUGUCCCAUGCUAUAUUGUUCAAGAUAUUUAUACAUCUUAUUAUUUCUUUAAAUCUGAAUUAAAAAUCAAAUCAAUAGAAGAUAUAAUUGAAAAAGAUUACAAUGAUAUCAGCAUAAUAAGAUCAUUAUUACAUUAUUUCGAAUAUUUUGUAUCAAACCCAUCAAACUCAAAUCAAGUGAUUUUAAUUAAAUCAAAAUCAGUUUUUGAUCAAGAAACAGAAGAUUUUUUAAUUAAUUUCGAUGUUUCAUAUUUUAUAAAAAGAGUCUAUGGUAUUUAUAUUGAAAGUAGUAAUUGGGAUAAAUAUAUUAGCAAAAUUUAUUCAGGUAAAUCACUUUAUUCAAACUAUUUCAUAACCAAUAAAAAUAAAAUAUUAAAUGAUAUAACCAGUUUAGAAAUUAUUCAAAGAAAUAACGACAAAAUAGAUGUUAUUAUUGGUUAUGAUAAAAUAUUUAAUAUUGAAGAAAUCAAAAAAAUUAAAGAAUUUGUUCAUUUAGUCAAAAUAAAUGAUAAGUUUUAUAUUCGAAAAAUUACAGGUUCAAUUAAAGAAAUAAAAGAAAAUAGUUCAUUAGGUGGAAAUUGGGCAUUAAACGAACCAUCAGAUAAAUAUAAAAUAAAUUCACUCAGCACUGACUUAAAAAGAUUUAUGUCAGCACUAAAACCAAUUUUUGAAAUCAAUAUUUUAUUACAACAAUUUAAUUCAGAGCUUUUAAUAUUAAAUAUGUUAAAAGGGGUGGAAGGAGUUGUUCAAAUAUACGACUAUUAUUUAGGGGAUGGUUUUUAUUACAUUUUAAUAGAAUACUGCGAAAAUACAACAAAUCUCUCAGAAUUUAAAAUAAAAGAUCCAUCACAAAUUACUCAAAUAUUAAAAAAAAUGGUUAAUAUUUUAGAAAAAUUAGAAAAGCUUGAUAUUUAUCAUCGUGAUAUUAAAAAUGAAAAUAUUUUAAUUCAAGAGAAUAAUGGUGAAAUACAAUGUAUUUUAGCUGAUUUUGGUACUUCAGGAAUUGGUUCGGUGUUAAUGAAAGACGAAAAGCAAUAUUACUCAAGAAGGGGUAGCAGAAAUUACCAACCAAUUGAAAUUUAUAUCAAAAAAUUCAGAAGCAAAAACCCAAUUGAAUCACUUGAAAAUAAAUAUGAUAUCUUUAGUUUAGGUUGUGUUAUCAAAUCCUUAUUUAAUGAUAACAAAUUAAAAGCAGGUGAAGAAAUCAAUACAAUUAUUAAAAAAAUGACCCAAUUACAUGUAUGA